AGCUAAUCCAGGUAUGUCCAGCACAUCCCAUGUCUUCAGGGUGUGUGGCCAUUCUGGCCAGCCCCAGAGCAUUCCUGCAGUGGCUCUGGCAUCCCCUGGAAGAGUGAGCUUGGCUGGCAGCAGGCACAGCAGAGUCAGUGCACCCUGAGCCUCAGCAAACGGGGCUCAGCUUUUCACUACUUUGGUGCUUUGAAAACUUCAUGUGAUGGAGGAGGGUUUAAUUCAGUGAAAUGCUGAGCACUUCAAAAGCAUGUGAAAUUGGGAGUCAGUCAGGCUCAGAUGGGCGGAGUGAUGGGAAUUGCAAAUGAUUUUGUUUAAACAGAGCCAAAAAUUGCUUCCUUUCCUCUUCAAAGUCUGUAAGCCUCUGGAAAAAAAGUUUUCUUCAAAAAAGCAUAGCUUUAAAACCCCUACUUUUCCCCUUUUAUUUCUGUCUCAAAAUAAUUUGCUGAUAUUACAACAAAUCAGCAAACACCUUAGUUUUCUUUAAUUUAUUCAUUGUAAAAAUUUCCUCUAACUCCUGCUCCUCAUUCAGAAUCUAUUUCUGUGGACAUCAGGAACCAAGGAAUUUGCAGUGAUGUUUAUACAGAAUAUGUGAGCAGAACCUUCUUGUUGGGAAAGUUAUUAGAUAGAUUUAUAAGAAACCAAGGUUCACUGGGGAAACAGGCAGAAUGUUGCUUUUGACUCCAGUAUUGAUUCAUUGAGAAUUAAAGUCUGUUCCUGAGUUUAAUCCUCCUCCUCUUGCUAGUAAAAACGAGCAGCUGAUGUGUGGGUGGCAAGCACAAGGAAAAGAUGUGGAGCAGAGGCAGCUAUGCCGCUGCCAUGCACUGGGACUGAGCAGCAUUUCCAUUAGCAAUCCCCAGAAAUUCGUGUGUUUAUUUUCUGAAGGCUUUAGCUGUGCCUGUGGCUGGGUGUGUGAAAAUCCCCUCUGUAUGUCACUGUAGCAAGGGCUGGCAUGUUCUCCUGUCAGAAAAGCGAACGUGUGCCUCAAAUCCAUCUUCCCAGCCGGGAAAAAUGCUAAAUUCCGUGAGCAGGGUGAGGGGACCUGCUGCCAUGCAGCGUCAGCAAGAAGGGAGCAGGGGCGUUAAUUAAACAGCUCCUCCCUCUCUUAGGAUCAGCUUCCAAAUCCAUGUUGGCCUCCCUGCAUAUGCAUGAGGAAAGAUGCAGCAGGGCUUCAGACCUUGAUAUCAAACUGCUGCAACCUCAGCAUCUGCGGAGGCUUUGGGAGGGUCUGAGCUUGCACAGCCCUGGCACUGACCCAUCAGGGCUUCUGAGAACUUCUCCCUUGCAGAGAAGGCUCCUGGAGAACAGAAGUUUUACUCACAGGUCAUCCCAAGCACCUGGGCAAUUUAGUGUGUGCUGAGAGCUCACUCCCCAUCAAGUUAGAAGGUACCUUUUCCCUGUGAGCUUUCCCCGCUCUCUGGGGAUGGUGCCGGAUCCCUGCUUUGCUCCCAUGCAGGUUGGUGGUCUCUUUCACUGGGCAGUGAAAGCAAUGGAAGCCACAUGGUUUGCUGCCCUUGUUUGACAUCUUUUCCAGGAGAAAUCAGGUAGCUGCUGCUUUUUUCCAGUCCUUGCCUCACUUUUAAUGGGUUGUGAAUGAUCCCACUAUGCCUCGCUUGACAUACUGAAAGGAGCUGUCUGCAGCAGAUCUGAAGGUACAUGCUCCAAAGAGUGUCAAGCCAGUCUUAAAAAGCACUCCCAAACACCCAGUAUUGCAAGUAACUUUUAAAAAUGUUGUUUCCAUGUUUGGGUGGCUGGUCCAGGGUUGUGCACGGGGGCGAGUCACAGUGUGUGUUUGGGAAUGACUGGUGGUGCCUCUCUGGAAAGCUCCGCUCUGACCCCACCAUGAUACCUGUGACAAUCCAGCUUCCUCAGAACAUUUCUUCACAGUUUUGUUCUCAGAACUGUCUGCAGUGUGUUGCCUCCAGCUCUGGAACCGUGGGAAGGGCGGUGGAUAGGGAUUCCCCUCUGCAGUGUGCUUUCUAGUACAGCAUCGCUGCUGACACCUGCGGGAGCAGCCAGCUGAGGACUAAUGGUUUCCUGCAUCUACUUUUAGCAUUGUCUGCUGCUAUUGUUCACUUUUUGGAAAGGUUCAGCAGCUGGGAAUCAUUUCAGAGUGUCUGCCUUGCCAGAUCCAAGGAUAUGAGUCCCACUUGCCAUUGCCAGGCAGCUUUUAAUGGCUAGAUAUAAAAGCUUUUCUCACCCAAGAGAGAAGUCCCAGAUGGUAUUUGAGAAAGGCUGGAGACGACAGGCUCAGGCGGCCACUCGCACGGCCCUUGUGCUCUGAGUGCCCGAAUCUGCAGGGAGAUUUGUUGUCACUGGUGGUUACAUCAGAGCUGGAGUCAGCUGCGUGGCGCCCGUUCAAGGAUGCGGCGUGUGGCUGUAUCCCCACGCGGCUCCCAGCGCUGAGCCGAGGAAGCGCUGCCUGGCAGCAGAGAACGGCUCCUGAGCCCGCUCCAGCACCACGCAGCCAUCAGCAGUCACCAUCUCUUCCUCCUCUCACUCUCAACAAUCAAACCAGACGUGCUGCUGCUUGCGCCCGGUGUUUGGGAAAGAUGCUUGAUUGAGAGGGUUUGAAGGAAAAUUCCUGAGAUUAUCCUCCGAGCAGCGUUUUUCCAGCCUGGUGUUAGUCAGAGCUGAAUCAGAGGAGUCAGAUCCUCUUGGCCCUCUUGGCUCCCAGCCUUUCCAAGCCAAGUGCCAGUUCAUACUAACACUGCGAUGAACUCGGGCUCGGUGUGAGCCGAAUCAAACACCCUUCCUCAGCCACAAAAUAAGCAGGGUAUUCUUUGGACUGUGGCACAUCAGACACUGAGAAAACAUCGGAGUCCUGGCAUACAGCUGAUGCCUCCAAAAAUGACAUGUCUUCCCAGUGUCUGACUGCUUGUUUUGAUCUCUGCUGAUGAGGAUGGAUGCAAUCAGGGAAGCAGUCCCCGGUGAGCAACACGGGAUAUAAAACCAGAAGCCAUUUUGCACAACCUGAUGUUAUCCAUACAGAGAACUCAAAAUCCUGAAGAAUGGCUCUACCUACCUCCAAGUACCUGGCUGGAAGUUUGGGGUUUUUUCUGUUUGUAGUCUCUUCAGUAAGCACAGCAGAAGCAGCUGUCACAUGUCCUGACAGAGAUCCUGAGUUAGAAAUCUGGAGCCCAGGUCACAACGAAGAAAACCGCGUUGAGAUCCGCAAUGGCAGGAAGCUGCUUCUCUCUUCUUCUGCGACUGUCCACUCUAUCCACAUCACUGAUGGAGGGAAACUGGUCAUCAAAGACGAUGUGCAGCCCAUCAUUCUGCGUACACGACAUAUACUCAUUGAAAAUGAUGGAGAGUUGCAUAUUGGCAGUGAGCUGUGCCCUUACCAAGGCAACGUGGUUAUCAUCUUAUAUGGGCGAGCGGGUGACGGCAGCCAGCCAAAUCCUUACUUUGGACAGAAGUACUUUGGAGUCAGCAAAGGUGGCACUCUUGAGAUCCAUGGAAAGAAAAAGCUGUCCUGGACUUUCUUAAACAAGACUCUUCAUCCUGGUGGCAUGGAAGAAGGUGGAUAUUACUUUGAAAGGAGCUGGGGCCACCGGGGGGUCAUUGUCCAUGUUAUUGACCCAAAGACGGGAGCAGUUGUCCAUUCAGAUCGGUUUGAUACCUACAGAGCAAAAGAGGAAAGUAUCCGCCUGGCUCAAUAUUUGGGUAGAGUUGCAAAUGGCAUGAUCCUGUCGGUCGCAGUGAAUGAUGAAGGAUCCAGAAACUUGGAUGACUUGGCCAGGAAAGCAAUGACCAAACUGGGCAGCAAGCAUUUCCUCCACCUUGGGUUUAGGCACCCAUGGAGUUUUAUUACCAUUAAAGGAAAUCCUGCCUCUUCUGUUGAAGACCACAUUGAAUAUCAAGGUCACAAAGGGUCAGCUGUGGCCAAAGUAUCCAAACUAUUCCAAGCUGAGAAUGGAGAAUAUUUUAACGUCUCUUCGACUAGCGAGUGGGUUCAAGAUGUGGAAUGGACAGAGUGGUUUGAGAAGCCUGACAAAGCAAGAUCUAAGGACAUGGAGAAGCUGUCUGACUUCAAAGCUGCUCAUCCUGACAAAAUCUGCAGGCAGCCCAUUGACAUCCAGGCAAUGACACUCGAUGGAGCGGAUUUAACCACGGAGGUUUUCUACAAGAGCGGCCACGAUUACCAAUUCCUGUGCCACGGCAAGGACCAGACGGGCGAGGGCUGCCGCAGCUACAGAGUGAGGUUCCUGUGUGGCAAAUCCGUGAAACCAAAGCUCACAGUAACUGUUGACACCAACGUGAACAGCACCAUCCUGAACCUGGUGGAUGAUGUGAGCUCCUGGAAACCUGGAGACAGGCUGGUGGUGGCCAGCACUGACUACUCCAUGUACCAGGCAGAAGAGUUCCAAGUGCUGCCCUGCAGAACCUGCAGGCCCACCCAGGUCAAGGUAGCAGGGAAAGCCACAUACCUGCACGUUGGCGAGGUCGUCGACGGUGUUGACAUGAGGGCAGAAGUGGGGCUGCUGAGCCGCAACGUCGUGGUGAUGGGAGAGAUGGAGCAGCAGUGCUAUGAGUACAGCAACAAGUUGUGCUCCUUCUUCGAUUUUGACACCUUUGGGGGACACAUCAAGAUUGGUCUUGAUUUUAAGGCUACCCACAUUGAAGGUCUAGAACUGAAAUACAUGGGCCAGCAGACAAUGGGGCAUUACCCAAUUCAUUUCCAUAUGGCUGGAGAUGUGGAUGAAAAAGGAGGCUACAACCCUCCAACAUAUGUGAAGGAUACCUCCAUCCACAACACCUUCUCCCGCUGUGUCACCGUCCAUGGAUCCAAUGGUUUACUGGUGAAGGAUGUGGUGGGUUAUGAUGCUCUGGGCCAUUGUUUUUUCACGGAGGACGGACCAGAAGAGCGCAACACGUUUGACCACUGCCUUGGGCUGCUGGUUAAACCCAGCACCCUGCUGCCCUCCGACCGAGACAGCAGGAUGUGCAAGCUGAUCACAGAGGGAGCUUACCCAGGGUACAUCCCUAAGCCCAGGCAGGACUGUAGUGCUGUAUCCACCUUCUGGAUAGCCAACCCACACAACAACCUUAUAAACUGUGCAGCUGCUGGAUCUGAAGAAACAGGCUUUUGGUUUGUCCUGCACCACGUGCCGACAGGCCCCUCGGCAGGCAUGUAUUCCCCCGGCUACUCCGAGCACAUGCCGAUGGGGAAAUUCUCCAACAACCGCGCGCAUUCCAACUACCGGGCUGGAAUGAUCAUCGAUAAUGGCGUUAAAACCACCCCAGCCUCUGCCAAGGACAAAAGACCCAUCCUGACACUGAUUUCUGGGAGGUACAGCCCACACAAGGAUGCUGAUCCUUUGAAGCCCAGGGAACCUGCAAUAAUUGAGCGCUUUAUUGCCUACAAGAAUCAGGAUCACGGGGCCUGGCUGCGAGGUGGAGAUGUGUGGCUGGACAACUGCCAGUUUGCUGACAAUGGCAUCGGCCUGACCUUGGCGAGUGGUGGGACCUUCCCUCACGAUGACGGCUCGAAGCAGGAAAUCAAGAACAGCCUGUUUGUGGGUGAGAGUGGGAACCUGGGCACGGAGACCAUGGACAACGAGAUCUGGGGGCCUGGAGGUCUGGACCACAGGGGGAGGACCCUGCCCAUCGGCCCGGACUUUCCCAUCCGAGGAAUUCAGUUCUACGACGGGCCCAUCAACAUCCAGAACUGCACGUUCCGCAAGUUCGCGGCGCUGGACGGGCGGCACACGAGUGCCCUCGCCUUCCGCCUCAACAACGCCUGGCAGAGCUGCCCCAACAACAACGUCACCGGCAUCCGCUUCGAAGACGUCCCCAUUACUUCAAGAGUCUUCUUUGGAGAACCUGGCCCGUGGUUCAAUGAUCUGGAUAUGGACGGUGACAAAACAUCAGUUUUUCAUGAUGUAGAUGGUUCUGUGUCAGAAUAUCCAGGCUCAUACCUGAUCAAAGAAGAUAACUGGUUAAUCAAGCACCCUGACUGCAUUGAUGUGCCUGACUGGAGAGGCUCCAUCUGCAGCGGGCACUUUGCACAGAUAUACAUCCAAGCCUACAAGCCAGCCAACCUGAAAAUGAAAAUAAUAAAAAAUGACUACCACAAUCACCCACUCUACUUGGAAGGGGCUUUGAGCAAAAGCACUCAUUACCAGCAGUAUCAGCCAGUUAUAACUCUGAGGAAAGGCUACACCAUCCACUGGGACAAGACAGCCCCUGAAGAGCUGGCCAUAUGGCUCAUCAACUUCAACAAGAAUGACUGGAUCCAAGUAGGGUUUUGCUAUCCUAAAGGGACGACAUUUUCCAUUCUCUCAGACAUCCACAACCGUCUCUUGAAGAAAACGUACAAAACUGGAACCUUCUACAGAACCUCCCAAAUGGAGAAACUGGAGCACAGAUAUCCUACCAAAGGGUACUACUACUGGGAUGAGGACACUGGGCUGCUGUUUCUGAAACUCAAAGCUCAAAAUGAGAAGGAGAAAUUUGCUUUCUGCUCUGUAAAAGGCUGUGAGCGAAUAAGAAUCAAAGCUGUGAUCCCAAAGACAGCUGGUGUCAGCGACUGUGAAGCCACAGCCUAUCCCAAGUACAUUGAGACACCAAUAGUGGAAGUGCCAAUGCCAAAGAAGCUCUCUAGUGCACAACUGAAGACCAAGGACCACCUAAUUGAAGUGAAAAUAGAAACUUACAAGAAACAGUACUUCCACCUGAAGGAUGACUUUGCAUACAUUGAGGUUGAUGGUGUGAGGUUUUUCCUCACUGAAGAGGGUAUCCAACUGGUUGUGAUUGAUGGACACCAUGGAAAAGUUGUUGAUCGAGUAACAUUCAAAAACUCCAUUCUACAAGGAAUCCCAGCACAGAUAGAGAAUUAUGUCAACAACAUCAAAGAUCACUCCAUAGUGCUGGUGACAUCUAAAGGAAGAUUCAUUUCAAGAGGACCGUGGACUAAAGUACUGGAGAAACUUGGAGCAGGAGAGGGUUUUAGGUUAAAAGAAAAAAUGGCUUUUGUCGGCUUCAAAGGCAGCUUCCGCCCCGUCUGGGUGAAGCUGGUCACGAGUGAGGACUCAGCUAAAAUCUACCAAGCACUUCCAAUUCCUGUGGUGAAGAAAAUGAAGUUGUGAGGACACCCUGCUGUGCCUGCUGGCCGCCAGCACUGCCCCGUGGGACGGACAGACGGACGGAUGGACGGACUACUGACCGCUCUGCGCAGGCCUCGCCUGCCUGCGCCACCGUGUAGCAUUUUCUUGUUGUUGCUGUUCAAAAAGACAUCUCACUGUAAGUAGCUAGAGUGGCCACAUGUGACAGAGAAGCCUUUCUCUGUGGCCAGCGUGUGCUCUGUGCUGGCCAGCCCAGGCUGGCUGCUGCGCUGAGGCACCGUUGGCCAUACUGAGCAAGGUCUGAGCUGUUUCUCCAGGUGCUGCUUUUGUCAGCGCUCCUGGGACAGACUGACUAGUGCUGCCUCUUGAAGGGGAGUUCUUGAUCUGAAGACCAUCAAGGAUUGUUGCUUCUACCAGCCUCUAAGUUGUCUGAAGACUUUUUCUUUUCCAUAGCGUAACUAGCUGCUCACGUAGACAUGGAAUGCCAGUUCAAAGACUGGUUGACAAUCUGGGGUAGAAAGAGUGGAUUUGAGUGAUUACCUGGAUGCUGGGAAUCAUAACUGGACAGUAAGCCUUUCUCCUGAAGCUUCUGCGAGGUUUGAUCAAGCUCUUUGGGGUGUGUGUUGUACAUGCAGCCCACGGCACAUAGCUGGGGAAGAAAUGACAGAAAGAGUGGACAGAACAUACCAGCAGAGACUGAUGGAACCACCUAUUUCUGCUUCCUCAGAAAACUGUGUUUUUCCUAUGGAUCAAGGAGUUUUAAUAGUGGUUGUGCAAAUAAAAAAAAUUUCCUUCAACAAGCAGCUGCAGGCUAGAAGGAGAGCAAUGUCAAUUAGCACAUGUGUUUUCUCAGCCCUUCCCAUUCAGCCUUUCCCUCUGUAUAAAAACAUGCAGGAUCAAUUCAUGGUUGUCAGCUAAAGCCAUCCCAAUUCAAGGCUUCCAAUUUUUGACUAGGAAUACUGGGAUUUACUUUAUUCAGCAUCAAAUAGGGUGAGCUGCCCUCACCUUUCCCAGGACAUCAGAGGGAUCAGGAUCAGACUGCUCUGCUGUGUGAUGCUUUCUGAUCCUGUCCUCUGGCUUAAGAUUAUGUCUUGGUCCUCCUGUAAGAGUUACAGGAGACCUGGAUACCUGGAUGAGUUCUUUCAAGGUGGCUGAAGAACUAAAAUGAGAAUCCCAGUGCACUAGUUGGAUGUCUUGUACCUCCUUUCUCCCUACUUCAAACCAAUACCUGGGUACUGAAGGCAGAUCAGAGUGAAUCAGGUCUUUAAUGGGGCAUCUCUUGGAGCUGGGAAAUUAAACAUUAUCCUUUAAAACACUGAAAGCAUUUCUAGUGCUCAGUGAUAUUUCUGUCAGCUGCCCAGAAAUACCACAAAGGCGUUUCUGAAGGCUGUGGCUGUUCUAAGAACUGUAAGGGCAGGGGGGAAGUGUGAAAGACAUCAUGACAAGCUUUUCAAAAAAUGUCAAUCUUGCCAGUAAGACUUGAAUUUGUUUCCCCACUUUAUCUCUGCCUGUCCCCACUGCCACAUAAAUUAUUCCAGUUGCUGAUGGCUACUUGGUUUAUGUAAUUAAGUUGUUUUUUUACCCACAGUAUGAAAAAUGCAACCUUGAAGUUCAACGAAAAAGCAAGGAUUUUGUGUGUCAUUCCAAAGGCUGGGCAUAUGCUGGUUUAGAUCAUUUGCUCUGAAUAUCAGACCAAGCAUGAACAAAAUUUAGACAGUACUGUAGGUUGCAUUCCCCUCAAGCCUCUCCUGGGUUUUUAAACUGGAAAUGUUCUUUUCAGACUUACUACAGAGUUGUUUUGAAUUCACUGAAUGUCAUAUGUAUUGUAUUUAAAAAAAAAAAAAAAAAAAGCUUAACUUUUCCUCUCUGCUUCCCAAUGAGAAUCUGGUAAUGAGUGCUCGCUCCGUAGGCAUUUGUGCUGUUUACAGAGUGAAUGGGAAACAUUUGUAAAAGGAAAAUAAGGUGAGUUGUUUAUUCCCCAAAAUUCUUGUGAUAGUUUGGGGAUUUCACAAAUUGCUCCAUGGAAGAGUCAGUCUCACCAGCGUUUCAACCAUGAUCAUCCAAAAUGUUUACCUGACAUCCCAUGAUAGCCAAAACAGUGCCAGAUCCAUGAAGUCAAGGGAAGAGACAAACAGGAAUUCCCUUUGGUCUGUCAGUUUGGGUUGUAUACACCUUUUCUCUGCCCUGAACCAGUGCUGGUGGUGCCACUGCAGAAGUGUUGGUGGAACACAUCUGCUUCCAGGAGAUGGACCAAAGCUGGGUUAUUUCAUUUACGAGCACUUAGCAGAUGGUGGGCAGGAAAGCAAGGCUUGGGAUGUGCCUGGAGUGGAAUUUGGCUUUGUACAAGCCCCAGUGCUGGGGUUGCCCUCUGCAGUGCUCCACUGGCCAUGGCCAUUUCCCCUCUUCUCCUCCCUCUAAGUGUGUAACUUCCCAGGAGCAUCCCAGCAGGUGGGUCUGUCCCCUAGACUGCUUUGCUCAGCUCUAGGAGCAUGCUGCCUUUGUGCUGAAGUGUAGCUUCUGACUUUACUGUUUUGGGAAUUCUCAGGGUGAAAGCAUAAGACUUGGCUCUAGGAAAAAUCUUUUUCUUUUCUUUUCCUAAAACAUCUCACCUUAUUAAGAGAGAAAACUUAAGCAGCUUGUCCUGUGAUGCUGAGCUUGUCACAUGGGGCCUGUUUUGGAGCUGGGGAGGCUCUCCUGCUGUGAAUAUGGAGUUUUUGGAGCUGGGGAGGCUCUCCUGCUGUGAAUAUGGAGUUUUUGGAGCUGGGGAGGUUCUCCUGCUGUGAAUAUGGGGUAGGGGAUCACUGCAGGCUGCCAGCCUGAGGGAGAGCAGAGCAUUGUGACCCUGUGCAGGGCCAGGCUCUCUGGGGAGGUGCCCAGGGCUCCCGCUGGCCUGCCCGGCCUGGAGCCAUCCAUGUGUCCUCUGGAGACAGAUGGGAGCCUGGUGCCAUCGCCAGUCAGCGAGAGCUUUGUGCCACAGGACUCCUGUUUAGUCUCUGACUGUUCCUGCACAGCUCCUGCACAUUCUGACCAGUGAAUUCCCCAACUGCUCAUCCUCUGCCCACCCUGCACAAGCUGCAGUGACCCUCCCUCUCUGAAAGGUUUUAUUACUGCAGAUGUUUCCAUGUUUGCCUACACAGUUGCCGUUGGUGGAGUGGGGUUUUUUGGAUUGCAUUUUGUUUGUUUGUUUGUUUGGAUGUUUGGGUUUUAUUGCCUCUGUUCAAUUGCUUGUUUUACCUGUCGCCGAAACAGCUGGUCCUUUUUCGGAGUUAGAUGUUUGUACAUUUUCUUAUAGACUUUCCAAUGAAAAAAGAUAUAUUUUCUAUUAAUUUAUUACAAUGGCACUAAGACAACUAAAUUGCAGACAUAUGAAGCAUUUUUACUGGAGCUGAGCUUUGUCCAGUUUGUUAAGGAGGUUGGCAAUGUCUCUUUCCUGAUAAUCUGCUUUGCACUUGAAAGCUCUCUAUGUCCACAGACCGUGGUGGUGCAUUGACUGUCGGGUUUAUGAUGACAAGAGCUCUUGGGACGUUGUUUCCAAAAGAUUGUGGCUUACAACUGAAAUAACACGUAGUUGUUUGGAGUACACAAUGUUUAUCAAAAUAAAUAUUCAGUGCAAAUUUCUUAUUUUA